ACUUAACAGUUUUGUCAAAAUUUUAAUAAAGAAAGGUGUAUUUUAAGUGCUAGAGAUUUUUUAUAUUUGGAAUAACAAGGUUUUUAAACCACGCACAGAAUUAUGUCGUUGUUUGCACAGUGAUAAAGCGAGAGAACAUUCUAUGUUAGCUCCUUACCAAACAAAAACGCUAUUCAUUUUAUUUAACGCUUACAUAUAUGUGGUUUUCAAAUAGUCUGUUUACAUUUUAAUAAAUAUACAGAGAGUGCAAUACCUGUAUUAAAUGCGGAUACAUUUCAUCAAGGAUAAAUUGUGCUAAAUGUGUCUCAAAGGACAUUGAAUUGGAUUGCUUCGGCGUUACAUGAUAUGAGCAAACAAUUCCGAAACCUUUUUAAAUGUUGAUUCAAUGCCGCCACAUUUAUUCUGUCGUGUUUGAUGAACGUGGUUAUCAGAUGAAAGAGAUAAAAAAAAAAGUGAGGAUUUAGAUCUAAUGAUCAUUGAGGAAUAUUAUAGCCUCACAAGACUGAUGCUACAUGAAUAAGAUCCGAAGUAAUCCGAAUGACGGGACUCAAUCACAACAUAAGCAAAAUGUUCCGUUGGCUGAAAGACAAGAGGAAGGCAAAGCACGAAAGGAAAGACAAAGUUGAAGACGACUACGGAUUUAGGAAAAAGCAAAUCAUUUUACAGGAAACUGAGAAUGGUCAUUCAGUUAUUAUCAAAGACAAUGAAACCACAUUGGUAUACCCACAAAGUUUCUGUCGAUUUCAUUACAGGGCGCGUAUGCCCACUCCAGUUCAGAAUAAAGAAACUUCAAAUCAUAUUUAUGAUGAAAUUCCGGAACACUUUGUAAGAACUAGACUAAAUUUAAGCGACGCACCGUCAGCUAAUGAAGCAGACUUAAUUAAAGACACGCACAGAGUGCGUGAUCCUCGCAUGGAUUUAAGAAAUGCAAUAGAAGUUGGGCCAUACCUUAUCGUGCCAAUUGUGAAUUCACCAGAUUCAAAAGGCGAUGUGGAAAUAUUUAAGAGAAAUGCAGACGACAUUUGUGAGACUGGUGAAAACGAUUUUGGAAUGUGCAAUUGUAAUGAAGAAGACUGUUCAGAGUGUAAGGCAUCUCGUCUGGAUUUAAAUCAUGCAUGGGAUUCUUUAACGCGCAGUGCUGAAAAAAUCAGAGAUACAAAAAUAGUGCUUACAAGAUGUGUUAAGUCAAAAACUGGAAUAAAUGAUACAACAAAUGUACAACAAUUGUGUUCAGUUGACAAAAAUCAGCGUUCUGACUUGUGUUCAUUUACUAAUGGUGCUCAAAGCAAUGCGUGCGAGUCAAGAAUGUUCAGUGACUCUCCAAGUAAUGACAGUAACUCACGAACUUUGACGGGAACUCCCGAUUCUUCCACGCGAACGCCCGAUACGUUGUCGGAAAGAUCCGAAUCAAGUGCAAUAAUUACUGGAGAGGACGAAAUAGGAAACGGUCUGUCGGUUGAAAACGUUCAUACGUGUAAGUCAGACAGUGUUUUGUUCAAAGAAACAAAGAAUUCUCAACACAGUAAAGAUCCGUUUGACGGACUUGAGACAAAUUACGAAUUCGAUCUCAGCACUUCCGGUGAAAGUGACCAUUCUCGCACUAGCGAAAAAGGGGAUUAUGAGCUAUACUUGUCAAAAAUUGAGUCCAAUCUUCAACUCAAACAUAAUGUCAGAAAAUUGGUGCAUGAUAUUGAAUCAAUGCCGCAUGGCGCAUGCGCAGAAGAUGAAGAUAAAAGUGAUAUAGAUUCAAUGACCUAUGUUUCUAGUCUUUCCGAAUAUUCGUCUGCAGCAAGUCAUAUUAGUGAUGUAUCAGCCGACAGAUCAGCGUCAGACGACAGUAGUGGAUAUUAUGAAUGUCUUGAGGAUGCUCAAGGGACACGUGACAAAGAUCGGGAAUCUCAUGUUAAUUUAGAACGCUCUGUUUCUGCACCAGAAACGGAUCCAAAAACCAUAAAAUCUAAAGUUUUAUCAAAAAGUAAAAAGUCAAAAGACAAAACUGGAAGUAAAUCUAAAAAACAACACUACCAUAGGAGCAAGUCUUUCGAUUGUCGUGUUUAUAAAUCUUUAUCAGACGAGGACAAGGAAAUGUAUAAAUUUCCAUCUAACUCAAAUUCAAGCAGUUCUUUGACGUCAAGACAUUCUCGUAAUAAACCGGUGUUGGCGCCGCAACCUACCCCGGUGUACAUGGACCCUUACAGGGGAGGAAAAUCGGGCUCGCAUAAUAGACUGUUGGGGGACUUGAUCCGCAUGAACUAUGACAAACAGUUGCUUUUUCACUGAAAUGUGUUCUUCAGAUUUCGUUUCGUAACACAUCUUGAAUUUUAUCUGUAUUUUAUGACAAAACGGAAAUAGUUUAAUAGCGUUUAUGUAAUUAAUUGCAACACGGAGUAUUUAUAAAGCUUAAAUUCAGUUAAUUUGCAUCUACUUUGCAAACAUAACGUAAUCUUUUAAACAGAGAUACGCCCACGAAAAUUUAGCAACGAUUUUUCUCAACGUGUCUACAAAAGUUGAUUUUUAUGAAAAGUGAAAUUCGGAAAAUUGAUGUUUUACCCGUAACAUUUGCAGAUAAGUUUCUUUAAAAUAAAAAACUGGAUUGUGAAAAACAACUGUGAUAUUAAAUUCGCCAAUGAUGCCGUAUUAACAAAACUAUUUUUGUGCGAAACAGUUCGAAUAUUAAACAUUGCUGACCGAUUUUGUUUUUCAAAAGCAAAUUACACCUUUUUUGUAAUGGAAGUUAAUUAAUACUUGUAAAUACACACCGUUAGUCAGGUUGUGUGUUUUGUUUAAAAUCGGAGAGAUUGAGAUUUCAAUACUGCACGUGUACGUGUACGUGUAGGAUUUCUUUUUUUUUUUCAAAGCAAUGCACAUGUCGAAAUUCAGAACAUUGCAUUUUAACACAUGCACGUUAAAAAUACCAAUAAACAUUGAAUCCAAAGUUUAAAACAGUAGAGCACCUGGACUUAAUCACUGCCCUUUGGUGUCGGGGAGGAGGUUCUACACCAAGGCGUAUACAUGCACGUCUUAAAAUCUCAAUCUGUCUUUUAAUUCAAUUUACCUGUAAACGUUAAGCCGAUAUAAACAUUUUUAGUACUGCACAGAGAAAUACAAAAAUAACUUAAUUAAGUACUAAGUUUUUAUGAUGUUUUCACUGGUUGGAUAACGUUGACUUAAAGCUAUACUCAUAAAUCAUAUUUGUAUAAGAAGACAUUUACGUAAGAAGUCGUUAACGUUGAUAAGAUUUGUUCUUAAAUCUGUAAUUUUUGAUCAAGUUUUGCCUUGAAAGUAUAGACAUAUCUAUCCUUUUAUGUUUGGUUAUCAAAUUGCUGCAAAAACGUUUAUAAAAUGUCUUUCAUUUAUAGUCAUAAUAAAUGAUAUGAAAGGUA